AGUUCGGACCCCACACCUUUCCAAAUCUUCUCAAUCACCCAAGUCUCUCUGUGAUUCUCUCUCCCUGCCCCCGUCAACCUGUUUCCCUCUCUCUUUAUACCCUUUCAAACUCUUCAAAAACCGGCAAUAACACAUUCUUUUCCCUUCUUUGCAUGGCCAUUGCCUAACCCUUUCCCAUUUCUCCAAUUCUGUUCAUUUAACUCUUUGCGUUUAAUCAAUGGAUGCUGAAUUCAAUCACCGCUAUCACCAUGCUCCACUUCUGAGACUCAGAGGCUCUGUUCAGAACUAUAAUUGGGGCAAAGCUGGGACGGAUUCCCACGUUGCUAGGCUCUUUGCCUUCAAUUCUGCCUCUAAAAUUGAACUUGACAAGCCUUAUGCCGAGCUUUGGAUGGGAACCCACGAGUCUGGACCCUCUUUUUUGUUGGAAAGUGGGGUGGAGAAUGGGGCUCCAAUUGGGUCUCAGUGUAUCACUCUGAAAGAGUGGAUUGCUAAGAACCCUAAUGUGCUUGGAGAUAAGGUUUUUGAUAAGUGGGGUUCUGAUCUCCCUUUCUUGUUCAAGGUACUUUCUGUGGCAAAAGCAUUGUCUAUUCAGGCUCAUCCUGAUAAAGAAUUGGCCAAAAUGCUGCACAAGUUGCAGCCAGAUGUUUACAAGGAUGAUAACCACAAGCCUGAGAUGGCUUUGGCCAUAACUGAGUUUGAGGUCCUUUGUGGUUUUAUCUGUCUUAAGGAGCUUAAAGUUGUACUUCAUAAUAUUCCUGAAAUUGUAGAACUGGUUGGCAGUACAGAUGCGAACCAAGUAUUGCAUAUGAAUGAGCAGGAUGGCGAAGAGAAAGUAAAAUCAGUUCUCAGAUCAAUUUUUACCCUGCUUAUGUCAGCUAGCAAAGAGAUGACAACUAAAGUAAUAUCAAAAUUGAAAAAUCGUUUGCACAUGGAAAGCCAGGUGAGGCAGUUGACAGAUAAGGAACAGCUGGUCUUGCAGUUAGAAAAGCAAUAUCCAGCCGAUAUUGGUGUUAUAUCAGCCUUCUUUUUCAAUUAUGUGAAGCUUAAUCCUGGUGAAGCCUUGUAUCUUGGGGCAAAUGAGCCCCAUGCAUAUCUAUAUGGUGACUGCAUUGAAUGCAUGGCAACAUCAGACAAUGUUGUGCGGGCUGGCCUUACUCCCAAGCAUCGGGAUGUCCAAACACUCUGUUCCAUGCUCACAUACAAACAGGGCUUCCCUGAAAUCCUGAAAGGAUUACCUCUAAGUCCGUAUAUAAAAAGAUACCUCCCACCUUUUGAUGAAUUUGAGGUUGAUAGCUGUGUUCUUCCUAGAGGGGCAUCAACAAUGUUCCCUGCAGUCCCAGGUCCUUCAAUAUUUGUGAUCACAGCUGGGGAGGGAAAAAUGCAUACAGGAUCAUCCAAAGAGCUUGUUACUGAAGGAGAUGUCCUGUUUGCACCUGCCAACAUUGAGAUUAGCAUAACAACUGCAUCUGAGCUGCAUCUGUACAGGGCAGGAGUGAAUAGCAGGUUCUUCAAAAUCUUGUGAGCAGGAAGACCCAGCAACUCUUUGUAUAUAUUGUAUUGAUGUACUAUUAUUUAAUAUUAGAGCUUGAAUGUAAAUGGUAUGAGAUUCUAUGAGCUUGAAUACAAUCCGUUCUUCAGUGUCACAA